AUGAAUACAUCUUCAACAAGUCAUAAUCGUGUGCGUAGAUCAACAGCUGGGAUCAACAAACGUUAUGAUGAACAAGAUUAUGUACUAGUUUCUUUUCCACAACUGAACAAACAUAGUGUUGUUCCAGCUGCUGGUAUUAAUGUUGAUCCUCUUGAUGAACAAACUGGUAGUAUUAAAACAUUUGGAUCAAGAAAAAAUUUGCGAAUCAUUAGUAGUGAUUCUAAAGAAAUGAUGAAAGAACGUGCAUCACGCUACGCUACCUCGGCUGGUAGUGAAGAAGUUGGACUUGUUCCUGAUGAACAAUCACAAAUGGAAAUGAUUUCAUCAAAUGUUAAUGACCAAACAACAACAUUCAACUAUGAGUGUGCUGAAAGCACAUCUUUGGCAAAAAAGAUUCCACCAAGUGAUCAUCAAUUAAAUUUUAAUCGUGUUUAUUCAUCAAAAACAGGAACGAAAAGGACCUAUUUUAAUUCAGCUGAAGAAUCAUGUAGUGGUUGCAAAAAACCUGAAGAACAAAUUGCACAAUUACGUAAAAGACUUGAUCGGAUGGAAAAAGUGAUACCAGUGAUAAAGAAAUGUCGAUCGAAAACACCUAUUACGUUAACAGAUCAAUCAAAUCCAACUGAAAACGUUAAUGAUGUUUAUCUAUAUAUUAAAGAAGUUACUGGAGUAAAUCCUAAUCAAAUUAAAGGUACACCAACACGCCCGACAAUCAUAAUGAGACAAUUAAUCAAGCAAUCUGGUCAUAUUAACGAUAAAUCGUUUUUGAAAGAACAUGAAAAUUUAUUUAAAGGUCAGUGUUUGUCUGUGUGCUUGCUUCGAUAA